CCGAGCCUGUGAUUGGCCGGCGGCCGGAGGCGGGGACGGGUUCAGGCCUGCGAUUGGCCGGCGGCGGCGGAGGGAGCGGCACCGUGAUGGAGGCGGCUGGGCCGGUGACCAGGGCGGCGGCGCGUAAGAGGGCGCCCCAAAUCCCGGAGGAGCAGCGGGAGCGGCGGCCGGGGCGGCGGCGACCGCGGAGGAGAAUUGAGGAGGAGCAAGAAGAAGCCGUCUUUCGUGAAGUGGUCAGUUUUACCCCGGAUCCUUUGCCAGCUAGAUAUUAUGACAAGGACACCACCAAACCCAUCAGUUUUUACUUCUCUUCGCUGGAGGAACUCUUGGCAUGGAGGCCCGACAUGGAGGACAGCUUCAAUGUGGCCUUGGAGCCCUCCGAGUGUCGGCAGCCCCCGCUGAGCAGCCAGAGGCCCCGGACCUUGCUGUGCCAUGACAUGAUGGGCGGGUAUCUGGAUGACAAGUUUAUUCAGGGCUCCACGGCGCACACCCCCUACUGUUUCUACCACUGGCAGUCCAUCGACAUCUUUGUGUACUUCAGCCACCGCACCGUGACUAUCCCCCCCGUGGGCUGGACCAAUGCUGCACAUCGGCAUGGGGUCUGCGUGCUGGGGACUUUCAUCACCGAGUGGAAAGAAGGUGGGCAGCUCUGUGAAGCCUUUCUGGCCGGGGACGAGCGCUCAUACCGAGCCGUGGCUGAUCAGCUGGUCCUCAUCGCCCAGUUUUUCCGUUUCGAUGGCUGGCUGAUCAACAUCGAGAACUCUCUGAGUCUGGCCGCAGUGGGGAACAUGCCCCACUUCCUCCGCCACCUGACCACGCAGCUGCAUCAGCAGGUGCCGGGGGGCUUGGUGCUGUGGUACGACAGUGUGGUGAGGAGUGGGCAGCUCACGUGGCAGGACGAGCUCAACCAGCACAACCGGAUCUUCUUCGACUCCUGUGAUGGCUUCUUCACCAACUAUAACUGGCAGGAAGAGCACCUGGAGCGGAUGCUGGGGCAGGCCGGGGAGCGCCGAGCCGACGUGUACGUGGGAGUGGACGUGUUCGCCCGGGGCAACGUCGUGGGCGGCCAGUUCGACACGUACAAGUCGCUGGAGCUGAUCCGGAAGCACGGAUUCUCGGCGGCCCUCUUCGCCCCUGGCUGGGUGUAUGAGUGUUUGGAGAAGAAGGAUUUCUUCCAGAACCAGGACAAGUUCUGGGCUUUGCUGGAACACUUCCUGCCCACACACAGCAUCUGUUCUUUGCCCUUUGUCACUUCUUUCUGCCUGGGCAUGGGGACGCGGAGAGUGUGCUACGGCCAGGAGGAGGCGGUAGGGCCCUGGUACCACCCAAGUGCCCAGGAAAUCCAGCCCCUGUUUGCAGAGCACAGUUUGGAAGGGGCCGGGCGGGGCUGGGUGAAGACGCACUGCUGCCUGGCGGACGCCUGGAACGGGGGCAGCUCCCUGCUUGUCCGCGGGCUGAUUCCGCCCCACGUCGGACAUGUGGCCGUGAGGUUAUUCUCUCUGCAGGUCCCUGUGCCUCCCAAAAUUUUCCUGUCCUUGGUGUAUAAGCUAGAAGGGCCUUCAGGUGUCGAGGUGGCGUUGGAGCUCACCACAGGGGACCCGGGCAGCUGCCACGUUGGUGGUAUCCGGACACUGAAUGGAACAAGCGCCAGGCACAGUCCCCGACCCCUCCGGGUGCCCCCCACCAAGCUGGCCAGAUGGGUGGGCCACUGCGGCCAGCAGCUCCAGGGGGGCUGGGUCCAGCGAUGCUACGAGGUGAGCCUGCGGGGCUGCCUCCUGCAAGACCUCUUCGUUAGCUUCGCCCGGCCCCCUGGCAGCCUGGAGGAGGCGAGCUUUGUCUGCCGUCUCGGGGAGCUCCAGGUGGUGGACGCCAAUAGCCUGCUCGCCCCUCUGCCCCGGGUGCAGGCCGUCACUGUGUCCCGUGUGCGCUGGCAGCGGGCCACGUCCGAGGAGGAGGGCCCCCCUGCCCCGCUGCGACUCAGCUGCACUCUGCACUGGUCCUACGUCCUCUCUCCCGUCCGAUGCUUCCGGAUCCGCUGCCGCACAGGGACUGGCGGUGGCUCUCCUGGCGGGGGGCCGCCGGGGCCAGAGAAGCCCGCGCUCCUGGGCCUGGCCUUUGUCAACCAGUAUCGGAUAGCGGACCUGCUGGUGGCGGCCGCGGGGCCCAGCGGGGAUGGGCGUGUGGAGUUCCUGGUGGAGCCCGUCCCCAAGGAGGGGUUUCUGGUGCCGCAGGCCGAGUGGGGCAGGGCGGCCCUGCUCUACUCCACGCCCCGCACGUGAGCCAACAUUAAAG